CGGAUACCGCUGCCAGCAUCUAGCCAUGACGUCGAUCGCGCUGCUCUGGGCCGUCAACGCCGUCGCGGUCGUCGGCGUCGGCGUCGCCGCGACGCAUUGGUCGCUUGUCGCAACUGGCUCGUUUCUUGUGGUCUUUCUGGGCUACCUCGGUGCGUCCUUUCUCCUCGAGCGCGUCUUUUACCCGUCGCCGUCGCCGCGGUCGCAGCCCAAAGCGCCAGACCAUACCGCGCUCACGCUCUUCAAUCUGCUCGUGGCUUCGGUGUUUGCGAUGCUGGCGGCCGAAGGCCAUAUGCGCGGCCUCUCGCGCAUGAGCUUUGGGCCGUCGCCGGCGCCGCUAACCAUCGCGCUCGAGGUGGGCCUCGCCUGUCUCUUUGAAAACACGGUCGAGUACUACUGGCAUCGGUUCCUGCACACGCGGGCGGCGUACGCUCAUGUGCACAAGGUACACCACCACUACAAGUCGCCGCGGCCGUUCGACGACAUGUACAUGCACCCGGUCGAAGGCAUGGCGUACUACUGGGUGCUCUACGGACCGCCGUACGUCUUUGCGAUGCAUAUGCACAGCUUUUGCAUCUACAUGGCGCUCAUGGGGCUCUUUGGCUUGCUCGACCACUCGGGCAUUCCGGUGCGGAUCCCGCUUGUGUAUGACACGCGCGACCACGAGAUCCACCACCGGCGCGUCAACUACAACUAUGGGUUUCCGUUCCAGUACUUCGACUUUCUGCACGGUACGUACUUGGCGCCGCAGCCUCCAAAGUCACUUUAAUCAGUCGCUCGUAAUCGACGAGGUCUUUCAAGUCGACUGCUUGGUCGCUGAAUAUGUACGUCUCUUUGUUCUUGAUGCGCCA